AUGAGUAAUAGUGUAAUAAGUCCAGUUCUAUUUAUAUUAUUUAUGAGUAAUAGUGUUAUAAGUACAUUAAUUAAUACUACAUGUGUAAAUAAUUGUCAACAACUAGAUACCAUAAACAGGCCUAUUCCUGCAUUCCCAAAUCCAGAUAUAAACAGCAUAAAUAACAGCCGUGCACAAAUGUAUUCUGAGAUUAUAGACAGAAUAACCAAAGCACAGCAGAAAUACGAGGACACUCACAUAAACAAAAGAAGUGUAUCAGAACAUAGUACACAUAGUGUAAUAAGUAAUGAGGAUGUAUCAGAACAUAGUACACAUAGUGUAAUAAGUCCUGCUAUUAAACCAGAAUAUAUUAUGCAUAGUGUAAUAAGUAAUAAGAUUUCUCGUUGUAUAAUUAGUUGUACUAGAGACUGGGAUGCGUAUAAGGCCAAGUACAUUAAAGAAACCAAAUCAGGCACUAAUUCUAACAGGCAUGCUUGGCCAGCUUAUUAUAUCCUUAAUUCGUAUGAUAGUUAUAAAGUACUGCAGUACGAAUUAUUAAAUAAUUAUGUAAAAAGUAAUGAUAAAGCUACAACGGCAUUCUCCCAUUUAAAUGACUUUAUUAUUAUUACGCCAUGUGUAAAAUAUAAUAGUACUUCUAAUGCAAUAAUCCUGUUGGAUAAUAUAAUGAAACUUAUUAUGCAAUACACCAUAAGUAAUGAUGUAUCAGGCACAGGCACAGAUUCUUAUUUUACAAUGAUUAAUAAUUAUUUAGGGAUAACCCCAUCAAAAUAUAUUUUUAAUAGCUUAAAAAUAGAUAAUUCCCUUUUAGGAAAUAACGAAUUAUUAAAAAAUUUUAUUAAAAAAGAUUUAAAGACGGAUCCUGUUAUAAUAGCAGUUGAUUACAUAAACACGUUAAAGAAUCAGUUAAGUGACUUUAAUUUAUUCAUUUAUACGCAAAUAAAUCUGUUUGUGUAUGCAAAAAAAAGUUUUUAUUCAUUUAUUGAUAAAAAUUUUGAUGAAUUACUAGAAAAGGAAAUACUUUCAUAUAAAACCGUUGAUUCUGCCAUAAAAAAUUGUUCUGAUCAGUGCAAUGAGUAUUUAAAGUAUUCAUUUAUGUGGCAGAGUACAAAUAUUUCAUUUAUAUCACAAGUAGAUUCGGUUAUAAGCAUGUUAACAGAAAUAAUAACUGUUUUUUUUAAUAAUUUUGAAAAUUUUGAUAAUGAAAAAUUAGAAAAAAUUAAAAAAAUAAUGAAAAAAUAA